UUCACAUUGAUAACUACAGGGGGCAGCACAUGCAUACGAAGCGUCAAGCCUGCCGGGAAUGUAAACACAGAAGAAGAAACUCUUCUUCCUUGGUUUCGCUCGGACGUCGGUAUCUUUGGCUCGUCUGUUGACAACCGACAACCAGGUCCUACACCAUGUCUAUUCUCAAGAUCCACGCCCGAGAGAUCUUUGAUUCUCGUGGAAACCCCACUGUAGAGGUCGACCUUUACACCGACAAAGGCUUGUUCAGGGCCGCUGUACCAAGCGGUGCAUCCACUGGAAUCUACGAAGCCUUGGAGCUCAGGGACAAUGACAAGAGUCGCUACCUUGGAAAAGGAGUCUCACAGGCUGUAGGGCACAUCAAUUCAACUAUUGCACCUGCACUUGUUGGCAAAGAUGUAUCUGUGGUUGAGCAAGAGAAAAUCGAUCAGAUGAUGAUUGAGUUGGAUGGCACAGAGAACAAAUCCAAAUUUGGAGCCAAUGCCAUCCUGGGUGUUUCCCUGGCUGUUUGCAAAGCUGGCGCAGCAGAGAAAGGCGUCCCCCUGUAUCGUCAUAUUGCUGACCUUGCAGGAAACCCAGAGGUCAUCUUGCCUGUGCCGGCCUUCAAUGUGAUCAACGGUGGCUCUCAUGCAGGCAACAAGCUCGCCAUGCAGGAGUUCAUGAUCCUGCCCAUUGGCGCGAGCACCUUCAAAGAAGCCAUGCGCAUUGGAGCCGAGGUCUAUCACAAUCUCAAAAACGUCAUCAAGAAGAAAUACGGUCAGGACGCCACCAAUGUGGGUGAUGAAGGUGGCUUUGCUCCAAACAUCCUGGAGAACAAAGAAGCUCUGGAGUUGGUGAAGGAGGCCAUCGCCAAAGCCGGAUACACAGAUGAGGUUGUGAUCGGCAUGGAUGUGGCGGCAUCUGAAUUCUACAGGGAUGGAAAAUACGACCUGGACUUCAAGUCUCCUGACGACCCGAGCCGUUACAUCACUCCUGACGAGCUUGCUGAUCUCUACAAGAGCUUCGUGAAGGAUUAUCCAGUGGUUUCCAUCGAGGAUCCCUUUGACCAGGACGACUGGGCGGCCUGGACUAACUUCACUGGAAGCACAGACAUCCAGGUUGUUGGAGACGACCUCACGGUGACCAACCCUACCCGCAUCAGCAAGGCUGUGGAGGAGAAGGCCUGCAACUGCCUGCUGCUCAAAGUCAAUCAGAUUGGAACAGUUACCGAGUCCAUGAAAGCGUGUAAGAUGGCUCAGGAGAGCGGCUGGGGUGUGAUGGUCAGCCAUCGCUCUGGUGAAACGGAGGACACCUUCAUAGCAGACUUGGUGGUCGGCUUGUGCACUGGACAGAUCAAGACUGGGGCACCCUGUCGCUCUGAGCGACUGGCCAAAUACAAUCAGAUUCUCAGAAUCGAAGAGGAGCUGGGAGACAAGGCUGUUUUUGCUGGAAAAAACUUCAGAAAGCCACAGUAACUUCACACACAAAUGGAUUCAUACACACAAAUCCAUGACAACACAUCGGAUAAUUAUGGAAAACACAUCACAGCGAUAAUGGUUAAUGUAGAGCUACUUGUAUACUGAUAAUGGCAAUUUAUUCAUAGAGAGAACUUUACUACUACUGUAGUUACUGAAAUUGUAGCACUUGACUUUAAAGCGUUCUACUGUAUUCUGUCCUGUUUGUUAAUGUGGAGUUAAAUAAUAGACCUGAUUAUAUCUUGAGUAAUAUUUAUUUACAACACUGACAAGCUGCACUUGGAGACAGUUAAUAAAAAAGUUUACUUACUGACA